AUGGCUCCAUGUUCUACCCUCCACGAUGUGCUGAUAAUCGGUGCAGGGCCGUGUGGUUUGGCGGUCGCUGCCAGGCUUUGUGAAAGCACACCUUCAGCCAUCUUCUCUGACACGGAGCAUCAUCGAUACCACUGGAUAAAACGACAUGGGGACCGCGCUUCCAUCAAAAACAGACGAACUGGACAAAUCAAGGCUACCAAGAAACCUGAAAUCUGCCGUAACUAUUCCACUCUGGUUCUGGAUGGCACCGACAAGGAUUGGAUGACUCGAUGGAAUCACCUCUUCAAGACUUUCGAGAUCUCACAUCUGAGGAGCCCUAUGUUCUUUCACCCUGAUCCUCGAGAUCGAGAUGGUUUACUGUCUUAUACGUAUGAGAAGGAAAGAGACAAGGAGCUCGUGGAGAUUCCGGAAUGUGUGGGAAAAGAGAUUAGCAAGCAUAAAAAGAAGCAGCGGCUUAAGUGCAAGAACAAUGGUGCCAAACCUCCAGUCACGAUCGAUGAACGCGACCGCAAAGAUUAUUUUACACCCUCAAGCUCGCUCUUCCGGGACUAUUGCCAAUGCGUCAUUGAUCGGUAUGGGCUCAGAAGAGAUCUCAUACAACAAGAACGAGUCGAGGAUAUCGACUUCAGCAUGGUUCCAGGCGUCUCAGAAACGGAGCCAGUCUUUACGGUUCGCUCUGACCAAGGCGCACAUUAUGCCCGCGUGGUUGUGCUUGCCGUGGGGCCAGGAAAUGCACCAUCUAUUCCAGCUGGACUGGGCAAGACUGGGCAAGGAUGCUGCCAUGCCAUGCAGAUUCGAGAGUUUCCUGAUCCUUCCGUAAAAGCCAAGUUGCGACAGAAGAAAGAGGUGAACAUAGUCGUCGUGGGCGGUGGAUUGACAUCUGCUCAAUUGACAGUAAUGGCAAGUAAGCAUGGAGCAAACAAGGUGUUUCACCUGGUCAGGGGUCGGCUGAGAGUCAAACCUUUCGACGUGGAUCUGAGCUGGAUGGGCAAAUUUCGCAACUUUGAGGAAGCAUCUUUCUGGUCGGCAGAUACGGAUGAAGAGCGUCUUGAGAAGAUCAAGGAAGCCCGUGGUGGAGGAUCAAUUACUCCUCGCUAUCACAAGCUGCUCAAGCAGAACAUCUCUGUUGGUAAAGUUGAAUUGCACACAGAAACGACAAUCACCUCCUCAGACUACCUAGACGGGUCGUGGACACUUACGACCAAUCCACCCAUCGAGCUGCCAAAUAUCGACUAUGUCUACUUUGCAACAGGUAUUGCCAGUGACUUCAAGAGCUUAACGUUUCUCGAGACCAUGAACCGCAAGUUUCCUGUCGAGUCGUAUGGCGGUCUCCCUGGCUUGACAGACGACUUGAUGUGGAAAGAAGAUGUUCCACUCUUCGUGACAGGACGACUGGCUGCUUUACGUCUGGGUCCAGGAGCGGGAAAUCUUGCAGGCGCUCGCAGUGGCGCGGAGAGAAUAGCUUGGGCGAUCGAGGAUAUCUUGCCGAGAGAUCAAGGUCGAAAAGAGGAGGACGAUAUGGCAUGGGACUUCAAAACUGGUACAGGUAGUCAGUUUGGUAGUUUGGAUUGUGAGGCAUGUAUCUAG